AUGAAGUUAUAUCCUAGAUUCAAAACCAGGCCCACGUUGAAAGACAAAACUAGGUUUCCGCUAUAUUUUAGGGUUAAUGCCGUUUCACUCUAUAAAGUCUCUUCACAACUUUCAUCGAAUCGCUUCUGCAGCCGUUUCCUUCCGUUAGCCGCAGCCAUGGUGAAGUACUCGCAAGAACCUGACAAUCAGACCAAGUCUUGCAAGGCUAGAGGAUCCGAUCUUAGGGUUCACUUCAAGAACACUCGGGAAACAGCGCACGCUAUCAGGAAGCUACCAUUGCUCAAGGCCAAGAGGUACCUUGAGGAUGUGAUAGCUCACAAGCAGGCUAUUCCCUUCACCCGUUUCUGCAGAGGUGUUGGAAGGACUGCUCAAGCUAAGAACAGGCACUCCAAUGGUCAAGGACGUUGGCCUGCCAAGUCUGCUCAGUUCGUUCUUGAUUUGCUCAAGAACGCUGAGAGCAAUGCUGAGGUGAAAGGUUUGGAUGUUGAUGCGCUCUUCAUUUCGCACAUUCAAGUGAACCAGGCUGCAAAACAAAGGAGAAGGACUUACCGUGCUCAUGGAAGAAUCAACCCUUACAUGUCCAACCCAUGUCACAUUGAGCUGAUUUUGUCUGAGAAGGAAGAGUCUGUCAAGAAAGAGCCGGAGACUCAGUUGGCAGCCAAGUCGAAGAAAUCAUCUGCCUAAGCUUUCUUUGUUUUUUAGCUUCUACUUUUUGUGUUCGUGAAAGAGAUUUUGAUCCCUUGUCUCUCCAUCUUUGCAAGAUAAUGGAUAGAUUUUCUUGGAUUAUUCAAUGUUAUGAAACUAUUAAUCUUUGUGCUGGUAGUAUUU